AUGGUCCUAGCACUGGGAGUAAUUAUAGUAGAAGCAUUCGAUGCUACAGCUACACAUAGACUUUUCAAAGAUGAUGAAUCAACCUGCGGAGAUGCUAACAAACGAGGCUGGUCCAAUACCAAGAAGAACGAUUGUGCCAUACUCGAAGAAGCAUAUCUCUGGUAUUUUAUGUUGGUAUUCAUAACUGAUAUUGUGUUGGUGCUAUGUUCCUUCGUCAUGCUCCUACUGUUUGCAGAUUGGAUUUUGUUUGUUGCACCGGUAAGACAAACUCCGAUGCAACACGGACGCGAAUGUUAAUUGUAAAUGGCUUGUGAAACGUCUUGAUGAGAACAUUCGUAUUGUUCAACAAUUUAAAAUAAAUAAAUGAUAUUUGGUGAGAAAAUUGAACUUAAAGUUUAUGUAAAUCAGCAUGAUUUUGUAUCAGAUAUAUAAACUCCUAUCAUGAUUUUCUUAAUAAUGAGUUUCACAAAUAUAUAUUGGAUAGCUGUAUCAGUUCUAAAUUGUUCUUCCAAGACGCCCAGUAUGGUGUUACAGAUAUUGGAAAAAUUCACGUACAAAGGUGGCUAAAAUUUUCGGUCGAAAGAAAAUUUUUCAUGUCCCCUAGUGGUCAUAGAAAAUAAGAAAUUUUAUCCAGCCCUGGCAAUAAGAUUGAAUAUAUAUUCUACAGUACUCAUUCAUAAAUUUUUUUGUAAUAUUUUCAGGAAAUGCUACAGGACCAACAGGCAUCACAUGAAGUUCCUCCACCGCAGCAGGAAAGAUAUGUGGCAGCGCCCACGGAAGAAUACCAGCGGACUUGGAAUUCUCAACAAGAUCAGAGCGCAAUACCAUUGCAUCCAAUGUAAAUGCUAAAAGCUGACUAAAUUCUUCCGGUGUGAUUGCACCAAAUUUCAUUGGAAAUUUAUAAUUGAUGUGUUUUGGUAAUGCGUAUACAUAUAUAAGUUAUGUUUGUUGUAAUAGAGAGGUUCAGAUUUGACUUACACUACCGCUACCUUUCACUGACUUAGUACGCAUCUGAUUGGUUAAUCGAAUAUAUCAAACGCAUCUGAUUGGUUAAUCGGAUAGUUCCAAUGUAUUUGAUUGGUCAAUGGUUCCUUAAUGGUAGCGGUAGUGCUACUCUCUAAUAUUUCAAAUCCGACUAUAUAUGAGGACUCAUGGACAAGAUCUAGAUUUAUAUAAUAGCUACAGUGAAACACGCAAUUUGAUUGGUCAAUAGCCGUGCAGGAUCAGGCUAUCCUGCACGAGGAAUUAAAAUGCCUUCGCGGGAUUUUCGCGGGAUUUUCGCGGGAUUCUCAAAAUGUCAUUGUUUCACUGUAGUUAUUUUAUAAAACAAUUACCAAAUGGUUUUUCAAGCAGGAUAGCGUGAUCCAUUACUUUUACGCUUUCCGAAAGUCUCGCGACAUCCCUCGUGCAUGUGGAUCACGCGCAAUUUGAUCAAAUCUAGUCCAGUCCGAAUAGACGAUUCCCCUUAUUACGUUUUCGUAGCGCUUUGCAUUGUGGUUAUAGUGGUAUCACUGAUAUUCAAGAUGGCUUACUUUUUGUCCAGACCCGUGCAAGAAGUUUUAAAAAAGCUAGGGUCAGGUGCACGAUAUUCAACAGCAAAAUAUUCGCGAAAACAUUCAAUAUUUUUAUUCGAGGGCGCUAUCUUCAUCAGUGAUACCACUAUAACCACAAUGCAAAGCGCUACGAAAACGUAAUAAGGGGAAUCGUCUAUUGGAGGAUUUGAAAUAACAUCUCAUACGAAUAAAUGAGGUGACGGUUAAUUUUGAUCCAGUCCAAAGACUGGCCAUUCAAACUCAGUCUGAUGAAACCUCCUUUGGCAUGCUGUUUCUAGACUUUCUGUAAAUGACUAUUGUCCAAGUACUGUUUAUAUUGUGUGUGUAAUAACUGUACUUUGUAAAUUGUUUCUGUAUUAUAGACCUUUCCGGUAAUUACAUCACGAUUAACACUGUUUUCAACUUACGACCACCUUAAACGGAAUGGAUUAAGUUCGUUUCUCACGGGCUAUGGUCAGAGGAGCAGAACAUCCUUCUUCAAUUACACAUGGAUAAAAAAGAAUUCUGGAUUUUGACCAAUAAAUGUGGAAAUACAGUGUAAGCCAAAACACGAAAACGAAUGGCCAUGGCCCCUCAGCCUCGUUUUCGUGUUUAAGCUUAUUUCCACAUUUUAAUCCAAAAUUCUUUUUUAUGCAUGUGUUGACGAAAGAUGUUCUGCUCCUCUGACCGUAGCCCAUGAGAAACAAACUUGAAAUCUAUUCCAUUUAAGGUGGCUCGAUACAGUUUUCAAACAUUCAGGUGUUUAACACUUUGACAUGUUCAAAUUACGCAUUUUUAGGAUUUAUUCAGCAGAUAUUGGG